GAAGGGACUACGGGUCGGCGUUGGGCUCAGUGGACUCGAACAAAGGGCUCUCGGGCAGGGACUCGGCACGGCGUUUUCUGACGGAUAGCUGAGCGGCCGAUCGCGGCUUCUCCGCCAACCAGUGCUGUCGCCGCGUGGUCCCAGUCGGCUUCUCCUUGGUUCCCCACGGCCAGCGCCGCGGUGGGGGGCCCGGCGCAGCGGCACCUGCUGCUGAGGGAACCCCGUGGCCCGCUCAGGUGCUCAUGAUGGGGCUGAUCUUCGCUAAACUGUGGAGCCUCUUCUGUAACCAAGAACACAAAGUAAUUAUAGUGGGACUGGAUAACGCAGGGAAAACCACCAUUCUUUAUCAAUUCUUAAUGAAUGAAGUGGUUCAUACAUCUCCAACCAUAGGAAGCAAUGUUGAAGAAAUAGUUGUGAAGAACACUCAUUUUCUUAUGUGGGAUAUUGGUGGUCAAGAGUCACUGCGAUCAUCCUGGAACACGUAUUACUCAAACACAGAGUUCAUCAUUCUUGUGGUUGACAGCAUUGACAGGGAACGACUAGCUAUUACGAAAGAAGAAUUAUAUAGAAUGUUGGCUCACGAGGAUUUACGGAAAGCUGCAGUCCUUAUCUUCGCCAAUAAACAGGAUAUGAAAGGGUGUAUGACAGCAGCUGAAAUCUCUAAAUACCUCACCCUCAGUUCAAUUAAGGAUCAUCCAUGGCACAUUCAGUCCUGCUGUGCUUUAACAGGAGAAGGGUUAUGCCAAGGUCUAGAGUGGAUGACCUCCCGGAUUGGUGUGAGAUAACUUUUUGCUCGAAAGAGACUCUCUAUUUAUUCUGUGACAUGAACAUUUUUCCUAGUACCUUUGGCUGCUAAGGCAGCAGCAUGUUUAAUUUAUAACAACACAAACCUCUAUGAGCAACACUUGAAUCAAGUGCAGCUGAACUGGAACAUAAAAGAUUUUUUCUUAACUUUUUUUUUAAUGCACUAAUCUUCAGUUGGAUGAACAUAAUGUAUAACUAUUUUCAGCAACAGAAUUCUUCUGACUGCUUAUUCUAAUUAUUCAACGACUGCCUUGUAAGAAAUGUUUAUCAUAUGUUUAAUGUUUUCUGAAGUAUUGUAAUAACUUUAAUGACCAGUUUCUUUCAUUUCUUGACUGCCCCCUCCCCCCACCAGAUAAUUACUGGCUUGACAGAGCAGUAGUGGAAAUUAUCAGGUACUGUUUGCAAACUUACCCAGCACUAAAUAUUUGCUCCCUCUGUAAACUACUUAUCUUUUGGACAGAACUUAUUGUAAAUGAGAAAGAAAUGCCUAGAAGAUAUAUAUUUAAGGGGGAGGAUGAAACAUCAUGAGAACUGCCUUUAAAUGAGUUAAUUUCCCCCACAUUAUUGCAAGUCAUGGAAUAAUUUUAAGUUCCAUUAGCAUGGAAAUUAAGUAGGCUAUUUAUCUAAAAGAAUUAAGUUCACUUUUCUGCCUGUAGCACAGGAUUAGUUUUGGUUAAAAACCAAUCAAAAUAAAAUAUUUAUUUCAAAGCCCAACUUUGAUAGUAAAUAUUUUGAAUAAAUCUGGUAUUUUUAAGAAUGUCACAUUAUUCAAUGCAUAUAUAACAAUUGGAAGUUACUAAAGCAUACCAGCACUAAAAUUAAAACAAGACACUUGGAAUAUAUUUUACUAUCAAUUACAAACAACUUUAUUAUCAGCAAAAAUUUCAACUAUUCAGUUUGCAAGGGGCACCACAUCUGCUUUGGGCAAUAGCUAAAGCAGCAAUACAAACAGUUCAUUUUAUUUCUUAGAAUUUGAAAUUGUGUCUAUUACAGCAUUUCUACCACCAGCAGUAUAUUACUUAAAAAACCAUAUGGCUUUCCUUGAAUUUGUUUGAGGUUGUAGUGUAAUAGGCUUGAAACAACUGACAUUUGUAUAAUUAUGCCUUAUGUUCUAAAAUCUUUUGCUGGAUAAUAGGAAACUGCUGAAUUUAAUCAUGGCUUUUAAAAUAUUGCUAUGAGACUCAAGUUUAAUACACUAACAACUUAAAAAAAUUUUAAAGAGUUAAAAACUCAUAAUCUAGCAAAAGUAUACUUAUUGGAUAGCAUUAAAACAUUUUCAAGGCAGUCGUCUAAUAUGAACAAUAAUCUAAAUAGUGCAUACCUUAAGAGGGAGGACAGGUAUUGUAAUUUUGAUCCUCUUUAUUUCAAAUGUGUGAUUUUGCUAUUAUGAAAGGGAUAAAACACAUACAUAGAGAAUAAUACUUUAUUUUUGCAGUAUUUUUCUUUCAUCUGGGUCAAAAGUAGGAUUCAGUGUUCAUAAGAACAUCAGUACCUGUUCAAAAGUGAUACUUUAAUUUUAAUAUUUUUUGUCGUAAGUUGGUUUAAAUUUUGCUGUUUUCAGUUAUACUUGAUUUAUUAUAUUUAGUCUAAUUAAUUUAGUUGAAUGUGGUAGCAUUUUUCUGAUUUCUGUUUAGUGGUAGCACACCCUGGAACUUGAAAUGACCAGAGGAAAGCUUUCUGGGCUUUGGGAAGCAGUUGUUCAUUAACCUUGUUCUGAACCUUUUUCUUAGUGAUUCUAUACCAGGUAGAGGAUAAAUUUUGUUUUUAAUACAAUGUAUAAUCAAGAACAUGAGAGAAAAGCAGACAUUCAAUAUGGAUGCUUUGUGGUGUGUAUGUGGUGGUGGAGCAGGAGAAAUUAUGAUAGCACACUUUGCCAGAAUUUCUAUCUUGGUUGUAUAGUUUAGCCAUGAAUACUGAGGAUAAUUCUCUGAAUUCUGUCCUGAGAAAAAUCAUAUUUAAUAUUCCUGUAUUUGUUGUUAUUAUGAAAUCUUUCUUGUAUCUAAUAAGAUUGGCUGGCUCCAUUUUCUUCUGUCAAAUUAUAUGGUUAUUUUUUUAUAUUACCG